AUGGAGACAGUUUGGGCACCAUGGAACAAUGAGCAGACUGCCAGACUCAAAGUGGAGUUUGGUCAGACUCAUGAGUCUUUGAAGGCUCAGGCUCUUGAGACCAAGCUCAAGGAAGCUGAGGCAAAGCUGGAGAAGUGGCAGGAGUGGUGGCACCAUGGGGGUUCCAAUGAUUUGGUUGAGGGACCUCCAUCUUGCCCUCCACCACCACCUAAGGCUGCUCAGCCAGGUCAAGGGUUGAAGAGGCCCAGGAUUGAUGAGGCAACAUACCAUAAGGCUGGUGUGUUGCCUCCUCCACCUCCUCCAGUGCCUGGUUCAACUGAGAAGCCUGAAAGGGCAUCAGGAUCUAAGGGUGACACUGAGAAGGUCAGCUACUCAUGGAAAUCUAGAUGUGUUGCCUUGGUGGCCUCGCUUGAGAUGAAAUUGCCAGUUCGCAUGGGCUAUUUGGUCAAUAAGUUCAAAGAAAACGAGCAAUUCAUGGGCAUGCUCAAUUUGCACAAGGAGGCUAUGGAGAGAUUUGGCACUGAUGCCAAGUAUGACUACUGA